AUGCUUGGUACAUUAGAUCCAGAACAAAAAAAAGACUGGAAAAAGUAUAUUCCAUCUCUGGUUUACGCCUACAAUUGUACUGUUCAUGAAACCACUAAAAUAUCACCUUUUGAACUCAUGUUUGGUAGAGAACCAAAACUACCCAUUGAUUCAGUAUUUCAAGUAGAAGCAGAAACAAACAACAAAACUGCAAAAGAAUACCUCAAUGAUCUAAAAGAAAGACUUAAAGAAACUCAGGAUAUUGUUAAGAAGGUCUCAGCACAAUCAAAGAAGAGACAGAAAGAUGUUUAUGAUAGAAAAGCAAUGGCUUCUGGACUAGAAAUUGGAGACAGUGUACUUGUUAGAAUUCUUGCUUUUGAAGGCAGACAUAAAAUAGCAGACAAGUUUGAACCAGAUGUAUAUAAAGUAAUAGACCAACCAAACAGAAGUAUUCCUGUGUAUGUCAUUAAAUCAUCAAAAGGUGUAGUCAAGAAACUACACAGAAACCAUCUACUUCCUGUUGGAAAUGUGUAUGACACUUCUACAAAAGAAGAACAGAAUUUAGAUACAGAGAAAGAAGGACAACACAGUGAAUUAAGUCCUCAAGUUAAACCUGUUCCUAGACCAAGACCAAUACCAAGGAAAAGAACUUCACUUAAUGGUGGAGUUGCAGCAUCUUCAAAACCGGCCGGUUUCAGUGAAGAAGCGUACAAAAGAGAUACAGAAAGAGAAAGGAAAGAAUGUGAUGUCACAGAUUCAGAAUCUGACUCAGGAGAGUAUGUUUCACACACAUACUAUAAAGGGGACGCCCUUACACCUAGUCUAGAUGGAGAUGGAGAUAAAGAGAUAAUUGAGACUGACAAAGAAACUGUACAUCUAGAGGAAGGAACAGAAAGAACUGAAGAAACAACUGGUGACACUAAUAGUGAUGCAGAAGGAGAACACACAGAUGAGGACACUUCUGAUGAUGACACAAAUGAUACUGAAGCAGCACUACCAACAUUUAGAAGGCCAGAAAGACCAAAGAAAUUGCCAACAUGGAUGAAAGAUUACCAUGUAGGACAACAAACAGUAAAAGGGACAGAGAACAAGGACACCAAACUAACAAAUCUGAACAGAAUUGUGUCAUCAGGUCUACUAGAUACCUUAGAACCUGACUUAGUACAGAUUAUCAUACAGGCUUUGUUAAAAUGA